CGAUUGACGAGUAGUAAAAUCCUGUGAGCAGAGCACUCUGCUUUUCUUUUCCAAGCCCCAGGAACGAGUAGCGCUCGCUUCUUCCGCCGCCGCCGCCGCGCACGCCCGGCGGCGACACGCAACGCCCCUCUCAUCAGCCGUGUCAUGUUCGUGCACAGCUCUCUCGCGAGGUUUAGCCGGUUCUGCCGAAGGCCCCUGUGCGCCGCCGCCUCCCCGCUCCGCUACCUGCAGGGAUCAGCUGUUCAAAACAGUUUGCCCUCGUUUGCGAUGGAACAGCCACAAGGAGCUUCAGGCAAUGCUUCUAAACACAGGAAGACAAAUUCACCUGUGCAGAGAUGGAGGCCAGUCUCAACACAAGCAUCUCCCCGAAAAGCUGACCUUGAUGAAUUAUCCAAUUCUGGAAGGAAGCAAGUGGUAGAGACUUUGAUCACUGAUAGUGAAAUUUUGGCCUCGGAUAAAGCAACUAAUGUUGUUAUUGGAGUGACCACCAAUAAUGCUUCAUCGUCAGAAAAUAAUUCUGCUCUUGAUUCCAGUGCAACCAAAGUAGUUACGGAAGACACUAUGGAGGUAACUGGAGAGAAAUAUUCCUGUUCUAUCGAGGUAGAUGUUCCUCUGAAGCGUUUUCUGAAAGGAAAGGGUGGAUGUAUGCAGAAGCAGAUUGAACAAGAGAAUGGAGUCAAAAUUAUCUUUCCAUCUUCAAAGGAGGAAACUCUUGUUGUCCUUGAAGGCAAAGACGCUGAAAGUAUUAGAAAUGCAUCAGAGAGAAUUGCCAAAGUUCUUGGAGAGGCUGUAAAAAGUCCAAUGCUUGAUUACUCUCAUUUCAUAUCGCUUCCGUUGGCAAUCCACCCGGAUCUUGUCGAGAAACUGAACAACUUCCAGAGCUCGAUCCUCGGGCUGUCGGCAGCUAAUGUAGAUAGUGAUAAGGAUGAAAGCCUAGGUGAAGAUUCUACUGACGAAAAUGAUGAAGCAGAAAGCCAGGGUGUCUUGACCAAGCGCCGAGUCGAAGAAGAGAAGUCUGUGGAUAAUAAAGGCUCACAAGCAGAGUUCAGCAUUGACAAGUCAGUAUUCAUUAAGCCCAAAACGUUUCACCUAACGGUUCUUAUGUUGAAGUUGUGGAACAAGGAUCGUAUAGCUAAGGCUUCUGAUGUGCUCCAGUCACUAUCUUCCCAGGUAAAUGAAGCUUUGGAAAACCGACCUAUCUCUAUACAACUUAGGGGUCUGACAUGCAUGAAAGGCUCGCCAGCCAGGGCCCGGGUGGUAUAUGCUCCAGUACUUGAAGUUGGUGGAGAAGGACGCCUUGUCCGUGCCUGCAAAGUAAUAACUGAUGCCUUUGUCAAGUCAGGCUUAGUUCUUGAAAGGGACGCAAGACAAGAAUUGAGGUUACACGCAACCAUAAUGAAUGUGCGCCACAUGAAGAGCAAGAAGCGGAACCGAAGAAAUGAUUCGUUCGAUGCGCGGAGUAUAUUCAGGCAGUACGGGCAACAGGAUUGGGGCGAGUAUCCAGUUCCGGCAUUCCACCUUUCGCAGAGGUUCAAGUUCGACGAGAGUGGAUACUACCAUUGCUGUUGCUCGAUUCCCUUGCCCGAGGCCAAGACGUCUCAAACGGAGUGACUCCUCUGCUCCUCUGUUUCGAACAUUCUGCACGUUAGUGAGUGGCAUCCCUGGUUAGGGCUUGUCUUCACUAGUGUCUUGUUAAUUUCUGAAUCUGAACUGGUGUACGUCUACUUCUGUUGUAGACCUCGAACCCUAUGUUACCUGAUAAAAAGAUCUUAGGUCACCAUCCUACUACUGCUAAUAGAGCUUCUUUUCUGUCAA